AUGACGGAUUUUACGCUAGAUGAUAAAGACAAACGCUCUCUCCAAAACUCCAUUCACUCCGAGCUAUCUUCUCUUCUCUCCCCAAGAGCUGUGAUUGCACUACCGCCGUCCCAGGAGUUUGAGAGCGUCAAUCUACGAUUCACCGAGUACGGUCGUCCGACCUACUUGCUUGCCGUCCGUCCCGCAUGCGAAGAUGACGUCGUCCGCACCGUUAAUUUUACGCGAGAGAAGGGAAUCCCAUUUGCCCCGCGCUCCGGGCAUCACUGCAUCACAACGAGCAUGAGGCGACUUCGAAAUGGCAUCGUGAUCGACAUGCGCCCUCUAAAGCAUAUGACUUUCAAUGCUGAACAGCGCCUGGUCACCGUCGGCGGGGGUACGAUCAUGGAUGACUUCACACGAUACGUGCAUGGCCUCGGGAUGGAAGUGACCGUUGGCUCCUGUCCAACAACAGGCGUAAUCGGAGUCGCAUUCGGGGCCGGUCUGGGCAGACUGCAAGGGAAAUACGGCUAUCUGAAUGAUAACCUCGUGUCUUGUAAGCUACUCCUAGGCAACGGGUCUAUCGUCACGGUUUCCGAAUCCUCAAAUUCGGAUCUCUUUUGGGGGCUUCGUGGGGCGGGACAUAACUUUGGUAUUGCGCUGGAGGCGACGUUCCGCGUCUAUCCACAGACUAAUUCAGGGAUCCAUUACUCUUGGGAUCUGGAGUAUCGACUGGAACAAUGUGAGGAGGUCUUCCGAGUCUUGAACGAGGUACAUACUGUGAUGCCGCCGGAGCUGGCGAUCUUUGUAGUGUGGAAACGCGAGUCGGGUGGAGAGUCGCAUCUAAUCCUCGUCAACCUUGUCUACUCUGGCCCCGAACGCGACUCUAUGCCCUGGGUCGCUCACUUCUCGAACCUCAAUCCCGUCCGCUCCACCAAGGUUACCGCCACUUGGGACGAGCUGCCCUGGAUCACCUAUGGUGCCCAAAACAAGCUGCUCAGUAAACCGGAGGGCCUUUUUGAGUCCGUCAAGGAGAUGAAUGAGCGCUUUGCGGGAAAAGGCUGGUUUGGAGCAAUGUUCGAGAGUCUGCCGCAUCACCGGACGAGGGAUAUUGAGGAUGACGCGACGGCCUUUCCGUGGCGGCAUGGGACCAAUCAUCACUUGAUGAUCACGGCCACGCCCAAGAGUACCCAGGACAGUGAGAUCUUCGAAGCAUGGCUAGAGAAGUGGAAGCUUGCCUUCAUAGGAAUCUCGGGAUAUGGGCGGUUGCAGCAGUAUGUGAAUUAUGGAAAUACGACGCUGAAAGCAGACCCAGUGCAGGCACUCUACGGGUAUGAGCCGUGGAGGCUACAGAGACUACGGGAGUUGAAGCAGCGAUAUGAUCCUGACAGACUGUUCUCUUGGUACCAGCCUUUUGACUCAAUGCACUCUUAG